AUGACAGGUUUUCUAAUUCCCAUUAGUUACAUUUUUCUUGGGGACAUUGUAAACAAGAAUAAUCUGGACGGAGUCUCUCUUUCGGAGGUCAUGAAUGUACUAUACGUUUUCGUAGGUAACCUUCUUGUGGCUACAACGUUUGCCUUCUUUGAGAGAUGGUGUUUGAACGGAUAUGCUGAAAACUUGACACGUCAUUUGCGUGAGAAGUACAUCUAUGCCCUUCUCCAUCACGAUGUUGACUAUAUCGAGUCAGAAAAGCCUGGAGCAUUGGGGCAAACUGUUGCGGAGGAAUCUUCCCGAAUCAUCAACGGACUGGGUCCGUCCAUCGGGCAGUUCGUUCGUGCGAUUGCCACCUUUUUAUGCGGUCUUCUCAUCGGAUUUACGCAUAGCUGGGAACUCACUCUCCUUACUCUUAUUGCUGCUCCCUUAGUUACCCUGGCUGGGUUCAGAUUUGCUAGUGCCAUGGGGAAAUGGAUCGAGACCUUGAUGCGAGAUCACAAGGAAGCAGACAGCAUUGCUGAAGAGAGUAUUCGAAACUACAAAACGGUGACCGCGUUGGGAGCCGAAGCAUCGAUGGAGAAAAAAUACCGCAAGGGAUUCCCUCAAGAACUCUAUGAUGCGGGCUGCGUCACGGACUUGAUAUCUUCGGUGGACGUUUGCUUCAGCAAUGCAACUCUCUCAGAUAAUUGCAUGGCGAUUUGUGAUCGCGUGUCUAGUUGUUGGUACCAGAGCGGCAAUGGGCAAUGCCUGGUUGGCGGAGAUUUGCUGAUCGUGCUCUGCGGAGUGAUGAACUCUUUUCUGGGACUCGGUCCUGCCUUCAGUGCCAUUCAAGCGAUCAAGAAGACAUGCGCGUCUGCGACUUCUUUCGUGAAGGUGAUCGAGCACGAAGACGCGAUGAAGUCUGGAUCGACCACUCCCAGCAGCAGCAAGGGAGACGUUGUGUACAAGAACGUGGACUUCAAGUACGCUUCACGCGACACGCAAGUGCUGAAGCAGCUCAACUUCACCAUUCGCGAGAACGAAAUGAUCGGCAUCGUGGGCGAGAGUGGCAGCGGAAAAAGCACAAUCUUGAAACUCUUGAUGCGAUUGUACGCUCCGACGGCGGGAACGAUCACGUGGGACGGAGUCGAUGUGACGACGCUCUCGACGGCGUGGAUUCGCGAUCAGAUCAGCUAUGUGGCGCAGGAGCCCGUGCUGUUCAGCGGAACGAUUCGCGAGAAUCUGCUCUAUGGACGCGAGGGCUGCACCGAGGAAGAAAUGGUGGAAGCCGCGAAGCUGGUGGAGGCCGACGCGUUCAUUCGAUCGUUCCCCAAAGGGUACGACACCUUUGUGGGCGAGUUGGGAAGCUCGCUGUCCGGAGGACAGAAGCAGCGUAUUGCUAUCGCCCGCGCGCUGAUUCGAAACCCGCGAAUUCUGGUGCUGGACGAAGCGACGAGCGCGCUGGAUUCGCAGAGCGAGAAAAUCGUGCAGAACGCGAUGGAAACGAUCCGGAGAAAGAACGAAGCGAAGGGAAAGGGACUGAGCAUCGUGAUCGUGGCACAUCGGCUGAGCAGCAUUCGAUCGUGCGAUCGCAUUGUGGUGGUGGAGGAAGGAAAGAUCGUGGAGGAAGGCGAUCAUGAAAGCUUGCUAGCGAAGGGCGGAAUCUAUGCGGGAUUGUAUAAAAGCCAAGAAACUUUAGAAAAGGAGGAAGAAGAAGGAGCCGAGGGAACGGAAAAGAAGGAAGAGAAGGAAGCGGAUGCAGAAGCAAAGAAGAAAGAAGAAAGAAACGAAAAGGAGAAAGAGAAAGAAGCAGAAACUGCAGAUUCGAAGAAUAAGAAUAAGAAGAAGGACGAAAACGAAAAGGCAGAAAAGCCGAAGAAGUAUAAUCUCUUCUCUCUCUAUAAUUACUUUGGUCGUACAAAAUGCAUUCUGUGGAUCGCCUUCAUCGGCGUUCUCUGCACUGCCAUGUAUCCGGCUGGAUAUGCGAUCGUUGUGGCGUUGAUGCACGCGAUUCCCUUCCGAUUGGAUGUAUCAACCAUUUGGCGCGAGGGAAUCUUCUUUUCGACCAUGAUGGUGGUCGUUACUGUCAUUUAUGCUUCGGGCGACCUUCUCUGGUGGGAUUUGUCGAGUGUUGUGAAGGAGAACAUGAUCGUUACGGUGCGGUCGAAGUCCUUCGUGAAGCUUCUCUCCCAGUCUGUAGCCUACUACGAUGAAAAGGAGCAUUCUCCAGCUGCCGUUACUUCGGAACUCUCCAUCGAUGUUCGAAAGCUGCGCGACUUCAUGGAUGAAGUGGGCUCGUUUUUCGAGAGCUUCAUCAUCGCUAUUCUCUGCUUGAUCAUCACCUUCUCCGGUCUGGGAUCGUGGGAGCUGAGUUGCAUUUCGCUGCUCGCUUGUCCUCUGCUGUUCACUGCGGAGUAUUGCCAAAACAAACUCGUGGCGAACGUGACGGAAAAGAUCGACAGCAAUCUGACAGCGAAGUCCGGCGAGAUCACUGAUUCUCUGCUCAACAUCCACACGAUCCACUCUUACAAUCUGCAAGAUCGCGUCUACGAAUCGAUGAUCCACGACCUGGAGCGAACCAAUCGCUUGUGCACUUCGCGAAGCCUUCGAUCGGCGAUCGCGAAUAUUCUGGCCAUUUUAUGCCCCAUGACCUACAUGGUGAUCACGUUUACAGCCGGAACGAUCCUCAUUAGCUACAACGUGAUCGAGUUCCAGCAGAUGAUGAUCGUUUACAACACCGUUUUCUUAAUGGCCACCUACAUCGGAAUUACUAUGGGCAAAAUUCCCAAUAUGGCGUUGGCUCAGGAGGCAGCGCGGCGCGUUUUCUCGCUGAUUGAAAGCUCGGGCGAGAAGGACGCGCUGCGAGCGCUUCCCGGGAAGGCGAAGGACGGAGCGAUCGCCUUCGAUCAUGUGUCGUUCGCGUAUCCCACGCGGCCAGACGCUCCGAUUCUUUCCGAUGUGUCCUUCUCAAUUCCCAAGGGAUCUUCCGUGGCUUUCGUGGGUCCCAGUGGGUGUGGAAAGAGUACGAUCAUUUCGCUGAUCCAGCGAAUGUACAAACCGGAGAAAUGUCAACUUGGACUCGUAUCGUUCGCUGCUGGGCGCGGUGAACCAAGAGCCGUGCAUGUUCAGCGGCACGAUUCGCGAGAAUUUGGUGAUGGGAUUGGAUCGUGAAGUGUCCGAAGCGGAGCUGAUGGACGCUUGCACGCAAGCGUUGUGCAUGGAUUUCAUCAAUGAAAUGGUGGAUGGAUUCGAAACGGAUCUCGGAUCGACCGGAAAGUCGGUUUCGGGAGGACAGAAGCAGCGAUUGGCGUUGGCUCGCGCGAUUCUCCGAAAGCCGCACGUGCUGCUGCUGGACGAAGCGACGAGCGCGCUGGACAGCGAAAACCAGGACAAGUUCUUGGAGGCAUUGGAGAAGUGGCGAUCGACGCAUCCCUGCACGGUGAUCACAGUGGCGCACCGACUGAGCACGAUCGUGGACAGCGAUGUCAUCUUUGUGGUGAGCGAAGGGAAGAUCGUGGACAGCGGAAAGCACGCAGAACUGCUGAAGAAGUGCGAGUUCUACGCAGCACUGGUCAAGGGACAGAUGGAAAGCACGCCGCGUGAAGAAUAGAUGGAAAGGGAGUCAAGGGAAUGAAUGAAUGAAUGAAUCCACAUAGUAGUAGUUAUCCACAUCCAUCGAAU